UCACUAAAACUAUAAAAUAAUUGUAUUCAACCAUUUACAAAAUAAAUUAUUAAAUAUGAUUGAUUACACAAUUUUUAAUAAAAUAAAAAUUACUUUAAAAAUUAAAAAAAAUUUAUAUAUUGGAACAUUAAAUUUCUUUGAAACAUGUUACGUUUAGGAUCCAUUGCAGGCGUUUCCAACCAUUUGUUUUUAGUACAUAACUUACGUUGACUUGUGCACGAGACUUAAAAAUGUUGUAUAAAAAUUUAGUUUUUUAAAAAGUCAUGCAAUCUUCACCUGUUAGUCGUAUUAUCCUUUGAUUCUAAAAAUAGAAUUCUAGAGGCUCUCUCACUAAUUGACAGCACAAAAACACAUACAACUGUGAUGCAAAGGUUCUAUCAUUAACGCCAACUUAGUUCUUACGAGUCAUCUCCUAAUAUAAGCAAAACCUUAGCUGAAUAACACCACACUGCUUCUAAUAUAUUAGUUGUCUUUCUCCCAAAUACAAACCAAACAUUACUUCUUAUACAGAUGAAAAAAAAUCAAUGGCUCUUAUUACCUUUCUGAAAAUUGCCACCAUUGACCAAUUAAUCUUUCUCUUCUUCGUAUCUUCUCCCCUCAAAAGAUUUUAAAGCGUAUAAAAAUCCAUCAAAAAGGAUUAUAGUGUGAACAUUCAUCUGUUGGUCACAAUGUCGAUGAUGUUCCCAUCAUUCCAACUGCUAGAGCUGAACAUAAUCUCAGCUCAGGACUUGGCUCCUGUCUCCCGAAAAAUGAAGACAUACGCGGUCGCAUGGGUUCACUCCGAACGUAAACUCACCACACGCGUUGACUACAACGCCGGAACAAACCCAACAUGGAACGACAAAUUCGUAUUCAGAGUCGACGAAGAGUUUCUCUACGCCGACACUUCCGCCGUAGUCAUCGAAAUCUACGCAUUGCAUUGGUUCCGAGACGUUCACGUAGGCACGGUCCGUGUCCUCAUCAGCAACCUCAUCCCACCUAGUCGUCGUCCAGGGUACAGAACCAGCAACAACGAGUACCAUCGCACACCACCUCAGGGAAUGAGAUUCGUUGCGCUUCAGGUUCGUCGUGCCUCGGGACGUCCUCAGGGGAUAUUAAACAUUGGUGUUGGAGUGCUUGAUGGUUCCAUGAGAAGCAUGCCGCUUUACACGCAUAUGGAUUCCUCUGCUGUGGGGUACAGAGAUCUUCUCGGUGAAGAGGAUCGUCAUCUACAGCAUUUGCAUUUGAACAGUAACAAAGGAAGCUCCAAGAAUCCACAAUCUCCGUCUUCGAGACAGUUUCAAUCUGUUGUCUCAAGACCAGAGCUCCGUCGUACAAAGAGUGAUACAAGCUCAAUGGUUGUCUCUGAUCUUCUAAGCAGAGUUGAACGUAGUCGGCUAGCUAAACAGCCGAUAAGCGCAUUAGUAAGCAGUGAAGAAUUUGAAACUGAACCAACCACUACGGAUACUGAUGCCACGGAGAUAAAAGAGAAUGGACCUACUAAAAUCAUGAGGCAAAUAUACAAACCAGAUCCAGCACCAAGGGAGAGUCAUGACGUGUCAUACCAUCAUUCGUCACGUAAAACACCUAGAAGAGUUACAAUGAACGAGAAACAUAGACCGAUUAAGGCUCGAGCUUCACCGUACUUGUCAAGACAUGGAACGCCGUUGAGAUCUAACAUCGUCGCAUCUUCUCCUAUGCGACGUAACGAAGUUAGGUCAACACCGAUGAGAUCUAAAAUUAUCGCCAUGUCUCCCAUGCAUCCCAACAUGACUUCCAUGACGCCCAUGCAGACUCCUAUGCGUUCCCACAUGACUCCCAUGCAGACUCCGAUGCGUUCCAACGUGCUUAAAUCGACUCCAAUGAGACCAAACUACAUGUCUACACCGAUGAGGACAUCGAACUUAGCUGGGAGGAGAAUCUUAACCGAUUCGGAGUUAGGUCCAUCACCAUCAGAAAUCGCUGAGCAACUAGCUAAAAAUAGGUCUCACGCUAACGACACGGAAAGCUCUAUACUCAGCGAGUGGAGCAUCGACGAAACUAGCGUCGAAGGACUACGUUCGAAACUCGAGAGGUGGCGUACGGAGCUGCCACCAUUGUAUGAUAUAGGAUCAAGCCAAGUAAGCAGCACUGAAUACGACGGCUCGACAAUCGUCCCAGCUGGGGGAAGAAGUUCAAGAAGGAAAACUCCAGCGGUGAAGAAGCAUAGUCGUAGGCAUACAGAGGGAGGUAAUGGUCUUUUCUCGUGUUUUAGUAAGAUUUGCGGCGUGGAAUGCAGUUUUGCAUGCGGUGGUGGUGGUGGCGGCUCGGUGGAUCAUGAUGAGUCGAGGAAAGGCGGGGAUGGCCGCGUGCAUCGCACGUACUCUGCUGAUGAUUUGAGCUCUUUGUGAUAUUUACAUAUUCAAAUAUUUUUUGGUCUCCCAUUAUAUUAUUUUACUUUUUGGAGA